UUCUUUUUUAAACUUGUUGCGAUCCUGUGCACUCACAGAAACAGCUAGCAGUUAGCCACUAUUAGCCUGUUAGGAUCCAGCCGCAGCAGCGCAGAGAAACUCGAGCUUUUUCCACAAACUAAUGACAGGGACACUAAACCUUAAGAAAUGCGCCUGGACAUUGACUGCUAGUUUCUCCUGUCUGUAUCGCCAGCGCUGUGUGAAGCUAUCUCUGAUCUAAAAACCCGCUGUGAGGAAACUCUCGACCAUGGAUCCUGAUCGACAGAAACGAAGAGAGGAAAUUCAGAAAGCCAUGAGCUUUAUCCAGUCAUCAUUGCCUUUCCCAGAGCCAGAGAGUUAUGAGGCAUUUAUGGCCCAGUUGGUGUGUAACUUGCUGGACGAGGGCAAUUGUUGCUUUCGAGAUGGGGACAGUCGUCAGGCGGCCCAGCAGUACGGUGAGGGGAUCAGUGUCGCCCGCUACGCUCAGGCUGAGGCCCUCGUCAUCCCCAACGAGCUGCUGGAGAGCCUGUACGUCAACAGGGCUGCUGCCUGCUACCAGACGAGGGAGUAUGAGCGCGGGGUCCAGGACUGUGACAGUGCACUGUGUGUGUCAGAAGGCAGUCGCAGGGCUUUGUACCGAAAGGCGAUCUGUCUGAGGGAAUUGGGACGAAUCCGAGAGGCCUACGAGUGCGGAACCAAAUGUCUCCUCACAGCACCGCACGACAGACAGGUGAGCGACCUGGCUCAGGAUCUGGCCACCAAGCUGGGCCUGAAGGGUCGUAAAGCUUACGUCAGCCCUCAGGCGGAGUCCACGGCCACAGACGGGGAGAAUCACGGGGAGUCUAACCCGCCCACAGGAGAGAUGUCCUCCAAUGGGCUGGAAUCUCUGGGUGACAUGGAAUCAGGGGACAUGUCUAACGCGCAGUGCAUCCCCGCUCCUCUGGCCACUCCCAUCCCGGUCAGCGAUGACCCGUCGAGCCCCGAGGGGACGCCCUGCUCUGAGAUGUCAGAGAGCCCCAGCAGCCAGGGCCUGCCCCCCAUGCCCUACUCUGUGCCCGUGUCGGAGCGCAUGGACGAGUGCAGCGUCAUCAAGGACGAGCUCGACAGUCUGCUGGAGUGCAUCCCAAAGAAAGUGAGUGAGAGUCCGGUCCAGGGUGCGAUCCCCACUAACCUCCCCAACACGGCAACGGGUCUCCGGCCUCCGUACUCCCCGAGCCUCCCGGCCCCGUCCCCCCCGCUCCCCUCAGCCUUCUUCAGCUCCUCCCUCAGUGAGACGACGCCCCUGGAGCCCUUCACGCAGCUGGCCCAGCGGGACCAGGGCUCCACCCAGGCGCAGGACGCUCUGGGGAGCUUCCCCACGGGCGAGACGGACGCUGACGGGAACGUGGGAGUCUCCGCGGGCGGGCUGGACUCGCUGUCUGAGUACACUCUCCCUGGGGGACGAGUGUGUCACAGCUUCAUCCCUGGGGUGCGCAACAACAGCGCUGUACAUGCAAACGGUCCAGCAGGAACAAACCUGUCUCUGCUCUCCAGAAAUCCUCUGGCUGCCACACACGAGUUUCGGCAGGCCUGUCACGCCUGUUACAGCAGAAUCGGUCCACGAGUUAUGGACUACAAGUACCAGCCGGAGGCAGCACAUCGCUGCAAGAGGGACGUGCUGCUCUGCCGCCUCAAAAACACAGACGACCCGACCUGGAAGAGGAUCCGCCCUCGGCCCGCACGAAACAACUUCCUGGGGGCCUUCGUACUCUGUAAAGAGGUGCAGGAGCGUCAGGAGUGCCAGUACGGAGAGAACUGCACGUUUGCUUACUGCCAGGAGGAGAUCGACGUCUGGACGCAGGAGAGGAAGGGAGCGCUGAGCCGAGAGCUGCUGUUCGACCCUCUGGGCAGCACGGAGCGACGAGCGCUCAGCGUCACCAGACUGCUGCAGCUGCACAUGGGCAUGUUCAUGUUCCUCUGUGAGGAAUGUUUUGACAGUAAGCCUCGCAUCAUCAGUAAGCGCAGCAAAGAAAACUUAGCAGUCUGCUCGAACCUCACAGCUCGACACCCGUUCGACGACAACAAGUGCCUGGUGCACGUGGUGAGGUCGGCCAACGUGCGCUACAGUAAGGUGCGUCCGCUGCACCCGCUCUGUCAGUUCGAUGUUUGUCGCCACGAGGUUCGAUACGGCUGCCAGCGCGAGGACAGCUGCUCCUUCGCUCACUCCGUCAUCGAGCUCAAAUGCUGGGUCCUGCAGCAGGACACCGGUAUCACACAUGAAGAGAUGGUGCAGGAGUCCAAGAGACACUGGCAGCGGCUGGAGCAGAACGCACAGAAGCAGCAGAAGCCCAUCCACAUCUCCCAUCCGAGCAGCAGCAUGCCUGCAGGAGGCCUGGGGGGAAUGGGAGGUGGAGGGGAUGGUAUGGGUGGGGGGGGUGUGGGUCCUGUGGUGGGGUUAGGGGUGGGAGGGUUGGGAGCCGGAGGGGGGAGAGGGCGACCCCUGAACCUGAAAAUGAAGUUUGUGUGCGGACAGUGCUGGAGGGAGGGACAGGUCAACGAGCCAGACAAGAACCUCAAAUACUGCACUGCUAAAUCCCGGCACAGCUGGACGAAGGAGCGUCGAGUCCUGCUGGUGAAAUCCUUUGAGAAGAAGAAGUGGGUCGUCGUUCGGCCGCUGCCUUUCUCCCGCACCUAUCCUCAGCAAUACGACAUGUGUGUGCACGUGAUGAAGCAGAAGAAGUGCCACUACAUCGGGAACUGCUCGUUCGCUCACAGUCUGGAGGAGAGGGACGUGUGGACGUACAUGAAGAACAACAGCUUGAGAGACAUGCAACAGAUGUACGAACUGUGGCUGCAGCUAACCAAUCAGAGCCGGCGCAGCGACAUCUCCACGGUGACGCCGUCCCCAGAGGACAAGCAGGUCACCAUAACAGCGGAUUACACGGAAAGCAUGGGCGGCCGGCGGAUGUCAGAUGGCGACGACCUCUGAGUGUUUCUGCAAACCUCCUCUAACAUCGAGUGUGAGAACAGAUGGACACACACCACAAAAUGGUUGACCCCACCCCCAACAAUAAACACACACACACACACACACACACACUUCACACCAAUCACAGGCACCGCUUAACACACAGAGAAGCUCCGGCUUCAGCGUUGUGUUUUAAUAUCUGCAGUUACACACGGCAUCCUUUAGGUUCCCCUUCAGCAGAUUACACCGCAGAAACUCCACAGACAACUCUGACUAAAACAUGAUCCGCAGCGCUCUUUGGGAUGUGUGUGUCCACCAGACACCGCUUUUCUUAUUCUUUCUUAAAAAUCCUCGCAGCACUGAAAAAACACGUAUCGGGUGGGCGCGCUGGUCGCAGCUCUUAAAUGUAGCUUGGUGAUUAAUUUAAACCAGAAUUAAAAGCGCUAAAAGUUAAAAUCGUAACUUUGCAGUGCCAAAAAAAAGCCAAGCCCAUUACGCUGAAGAAGAAUAAAGAGAUGUUCAAAGAGGGUCUCGGUGGACACAACCAAAACCCUCUUUUCCUUCCUUCACGGGAGCAUUACAAGAGGGUCAAAAUAACUGAGCGCAUUUGUCUUUUUCCUCCAAGGGGAGUUGUACUUCCUUGUUGUAUUGUCUGCCAUAUUGGUAGAAAGCAAUGAAUGUAAACUAGGGAAAUUAGUCAUUGAAAUUGUUGCUGUGGUUUGUGGAAUGUAUGCCAGUAUAAUGCCCCAGAAAACAUGCCCCUAUAUAGAUAUAAGAAGGCUUCCUGAUAGGUAGUUAUGUUAUAAAACACACGCACACAUAAGCAGUGAAUGUGUGGAAACUAUACAUGUUAUCACCUGUGGCUGGAGUACACAUGGCUUAUAGCUCAUAGUAGCUAUUAUGUACUUUAACGUAAAGCACACCGCAGAUGCCCAUUAAGGAACAAUGACCCUAAUGAUACUGAAUAAUAGUGAGAUGAAUUAUGUGAUGAAAAAAUACGAGUUUGUAAUAGUUAAAUAAGGGAAAAAAUAUAAUUUAAAUAGCUGAGAGGAUACGAGUUGCAGGAAUAUUAAGAAUGUAUAUUUUCGAUGGUUGAUUGUAAGAAUAGAGUAAGGGUCUCUCAGUUAAAUUGGGGUCAUUAUUUCACCGAAAAACCAAUCAUGCCCCUGCAGCCUUCAAAAGGAAACCCUGUUUUCCUCAUAUUUCCAUGUGUUAUGUUCCUGAUGGCUAUAAGUAGCUCCUAAUAUUAACCUUUUAUUCAUGGGAAAUCAUUCUCACCACAUAAUGUGCCUAUAAACACACACACACACACACACACACUCACACUCACAGGCAGGCAGGAUAUUGGUUGCCAUGAUGGAUCUAUAUUCACACACGCAUACACACACUCACACAGGCAGGAUAUUGGUUGCCAUGAUGGAUCUAUAUAUACACACACAUACAUACACACACACACACACUUACACUCACGCACACACUCACACACAGGCAGGUUAUUGGUUGCCAUGAUGGAUCUAUAUUCAGAUACACACAUAUUAUACAUAUUUAAUGCUAUACUACUAAUAAUAAUUGAUAACUUAGCGGUUAAGCUUAAUAAAUAUAUAACCUGAAACCUGUAUUGAUUACAUAGAAGAACUUCUUGUUAUUGAGGUAUUGCUAUAUGACAUGUAACGCUGAACUAGAUGACUAUAGUGACUUUUAUUUUAUAAUUAUCUUUAUUUUAGUCAUUCUUUUCCUUCUGUGCGGGUUGUUCCAGACGGGGUUUGGAUAACGGGCGUUGAAGCGGAGAUUACGUUUAAUUAAUUACGAAAUUACGUUUUUUUAUUUGUUCACGUUUUCUGCAGCUCAACUGGACGCACGUCAUUUGAGAGUGUAGGUUAAACGUAAGAGAAUCUGCUUUUCAAUUCAAUUUCGCAAAAAAUCCACAAAUGGCUUCAAUUUCAUGAAAAUUAUUUAAAAUUGGAGAAAGAUGUGAAGUAAAGAAAAUACGUUUUAGCAUAAGAAUUUGUGUUACAUUUCAUUUUCUCUGGAUAAAUACAAAAUAAAGGAAUCAUGCAACACUAAAAGCUGCAGUGUCCUAGAUACCCCACUCUUAAAAGCUGACUUAAUGCCCAAAAUCUUAUUCUCCUAAAACGUCAGAUCUGAGAUCAGUUUCACUGCAGUUUUUUGUUUAAUUGUUGGUAACGAGCCCUGCUCUGGAACAGCCCCUGAUAUUAGCUUCUUGGAGGCAUCGUAUUACUACUACUCCUAGUAUUAUGAUGAAUAUGAUGACGAUAAUGAUUGCUAUCUAUUUCUAUUUCUUCUCUAUAUAUGCUAUUGAUAUAUGUAUGUUAAUUGCAAUGUAUAACUCUCUUUAUAUAUGUAUCCAUGUAUGAAUAUAAUAAUUAACAGUGAAUAUGUAUGCGCAGGGAGGCAGUGAGCAGAAAGAUUAAAUGUGAGGACAUUUCACUCAGUAUAUAUUAAUGUUGUCUGAGCUCUGUAUUGUAAGCCUUAAGAUUAUUUGGGCGCUAGCCAGAGAUAAAAAAAAAGGAUGUUUACAGAAUAUAAUAACGUGUUUCUCGCUCACUGCCCAUUGCUGUGCGUUCUUGUUUAAAAUUCACCAGGCAAAGACGGAUAUGGAAACAAAAGCAUACAUAGUAGCCUAUAUAUAUUCCCAUAUAGCGCCUUAUUCGAUAUAUAAGAUGAUACAUACCCCCUAUUGUAUAAUCCUGCUUACUAUAUACAGUAUAUAAUACCUGAUACCUAUUAUAAUACUUAGACGCCCUUAUAAGGUAAUUUAGAUAAGAGAUGGUGGAGAUGUUAUUUUUCUGUGGCUGUGGAAGAGUGUUUUAAAGAAGUGCCGCACACUCGAAUGCUCUUUUACCCUUCAAUCAUUAUUUCAGGAUAUUCAAAAAGCAGCUCAGAUCUUGACGUGGUCUGAAAACGACUGGUAAACGACCGAAAAAGUUGGUCUUUUAUUUUUUUAAUUUGGAUUUGAUUUUGGGGAUCUUCUGUUGUUGGAGAAAGACACGGAUGAUUUACACAGGACAAAUAACUGUGAAUCUUCUCCUGCAUUGUUCUGUGUGUUGGUAAAGAAAGGUGAAUCAUGACACAAACUAACGGGGAGGAAGGUUUCUGAAAAUGCAUCUCACGUGAUAAUCUUUACACAUUACCUCCUUGGUUUUGACUUGAGGGCUUAUCAAAUGACAGACUAUGGUUGAUUGCCAUGUUAAUGAAUUAAUCUAGAAUGUCUAAUGAGUUUAUUUUGAGUUGUCAUUACUUUGUCAGUCUCACUGUCAGUCUUCUUUUUUGUUUGUUAUACGUCUUACUGGUCCUGCAUUUCGCAAUCAAUGCAGAGACAUCCAAAGACACAUUUAGAAAUUAUAAUAUAAUCAUUAAACUACACUUAUCUCCCUUCAAAAGGCUCUCUAUGUGACAAGCUGAUACGGUUGAAUUACCCAGACAAUUUAUUUUAGAAAUUUGACCAAAUAAUGCAUUUUAUUAUUCAUACCUUUCAGCACAGUGUUUAUUUACACACGCACACACUCCCCACAGUUUGUGUCAUUUGAGCACCAACACACACCUACACAGCCACAAAGAAAACCUAAUUUGUUGGUGUUCAAUCAGUUAGGAGUUAUUGGUUAUUUGAAUUGUUUGCAGCCGCUCUGAUGAAGACACCAGGGUUGUUAGAAGGUGGAAAAAACAAAGGCCUCUUUUUGUACUGUAUUUUACAUUUUGUUUUUAUGUUUUAUCGACUUUGUUUUCCCUUUUCUCCUCCCUGGUUGGAAGUUCAUGAUAUCAUAAGUGAACCAAUCUCUUGAAAGCAUUUAAUAAACGGACUGUUUUA